CGUAACAGUUUGGAAAGGUUUGCUGCGCCAUGUGAGCGCAUUUGAGUAGCGUGACAUCCGUGCCAUCCAUAGACAGUAUGGUGCCAUCCGGCUACAGGACAUAAUAUAUGUCCAUUUAGGAAGAUACAAUCGAAAGUAACCUAGAAUUUGAAGUGUACCAGGACAACAGUGUACAGUAAGGAUGCAGCGAGAACAGCUGAUGGCUACCCAAACUAAGUUCCUCUAAAACUAAACGAUUAAUGAUGUAAAGGAGGUUUGUUUAGAUUAAUCAUGUGGAGAAGAUCUCUGAGCGCAGGCUACAGAUACUUUGGCUGCAGGAGUGUUGGACCAAAGGGACUUUGGGGCUCCCAUGCAGUGCAUUCAUGCAGCGCUCCAGCCUUCCCUGCAGGAGGUAUCACAGCACUUGAAGCGGUCAAUUUAUGGAAGAGACACUUUGCGGAGAGAGGUGUGACGGAACCGGACAACUCUAGCCAUUACAUCAUUGCUUAUCUGUUUGGGGCUAAAACUCUAGAAAGUCUUGAUCAGAGGAGGUUAACGGAGUUUCUCAGCCCAGAAAAAACGGAGCAGAUGUGGAAGCUCUGCUCUAGACGCCUAUCCAGAAUGCCUUUGCAGUAUGUGAUUGAAGAGUGGGACUUCAGAGAUCUGACACUAAAGAUGAGACCUCCUGUGUUCAUACCGAGACCUGAAACCGAGGAGUUGGUUGAACUUGUGCUCACUGAUCUGGAGAUGAAGCUGGGUACUGGAGCCGGUGCAAACGCCCAGCAUACAUGCUUGGAAGUGGGAUGUGGCUCUGGUGCCAUUUCUCUUAGUCUGCUGAAGAGUCUGCCUCAGCUCAAAGCCAUUGCCCUGGAUCAAAGCCAGGAUGCAGUGGAUUUAACAGGGGAGAAUGCGUUAAGGUUGGGGCUUCAGGACAGAUUACAGAUUCAUCAUAUAGAUGUAAUGAAAGAUGCAGAAACUCUGUUGAGGCUCUGUAGUGAUGUCUCAGCUUUGGUCAGUAACCCCCCGUACCUGUUCUCAGAGGAUAUGACGACGUUGGAACCUGAAAUAUUUCAAUUUGAAGACCACGCUGCUUUAGAUGGAGGUAAAGAUGGCCUAAAAGUGAUCAAACUGAUUUUGACUCUGGCUCCACGGAUCUUAUCAAAUCAGGGCGGUGUUUACUUGGAGGUGGACCCCAGACACCCCCUGCUCAUUCAACGCUGGGUGGAGGCGAAUGUGGAAGAGAUGCAUUAUGUGGAGACACGACAGGACAUCACCGGCAGGCCACGGUUCUGCAUCCUUCGUAAAGAGAAGUCAAACAAGGAACACAAGCUGGAUUUGGAUUGAGAAACUGAGAUCCUAUUACACUGGCUUUAGCCCAUGUCGCCACAACCUCAGCUCCCCUACCCCCCCUGAGUCACCCAGCACGCGCUCUCACUGAUUGGACCACUCAAAAUUGAGAAUUUGCAGAAGCUCAAAUCAUUUUCAUGUCACUGUUGCACUUUUAACCUGCUAAUGUGUGUGAUCGUAUUUUCACACAAUAGCAAAUGUGUGCAAGAUGGCUAUAAAGCAGGCUCAAAGCUGAAGGUAAUUACCGAGACUUUUCUCAGAACCCUCCCUCUCAGAAUCUCACCCUCCUCCCAGGAAGCAUUCAGUAGUUCUGUGAAUCUGCUGAUGAACAGUCCUCCCCUUCGCUUGUUCACUCGCUGACUCAGAUGCAGGCUGUACGCAUUGUUGAGCAAAAACACACACACACACACACACACACACACACACACACACACACACACACACAAUGUGGCCUUUAUUUCCUCACACAAUCUGCGUCCCUCACACACUUAAAGCUCAAAGGCCACAAAGUCUUUGUGUUUCAAAUGUGAUUUGAAGUCCAAAAUAUUUCGUAACAACUGUACCCUGUGAGUAAUACUGGCAUUUUAAGAGAAAUUGAUUGAAAGGAUAGCAAGUGAGACUCUAAUUGGUUAUUUUAAUAGAAAAAUGUACAUAUGUAAAAGGUAGAAAAAAUGUUUUACUGAGAAAAAUAAAAAGGCGCAAAAGAUGUCUCAAUGGAAUCAGUGUACUUCUUAGGAACAGUAUGUACAUCCAGAACUGAUGAGGUUAAAACAGACAUCGACAAUUUCCACAUCCGUCGGGAAAUAAGUGAUUACAGUACUGAUGGUUGCUCACAAGUCGUAUUUUUCUUCACCACCCAGUCCUCGACAAAGUAAGUCUGAAACCAGGCACAUCAGUAUUAACUGAAUUUGUACAUUUUUCGUCCGCAUGCAACAGCAUGACCCUGUGCCCAGUAUACUCGUGACUGGCCUCCAACUGCUGGAGCAGCCAUGUCAUUUACAGGCACAAAGGACCUGUUUGACAGUUUUUUUCCUUUAAGUCAUAAUGAUGGACUUGAGAGACCCUUCACACCUUGAAGGGAUAGUUCUGUAUGUAACGCAGCAGAGGCCUCGGGAGUGGUAGCUGGUCGGGGCAGUCAGAGUGCCUGUUAAUGACCAGGCGUGUGAGGUGCUGUAAGGAGGGGAGGCCCUGGGGCUUGUACACAGGCCGCUUUAGUUUUAACACCACAGAUGUCUCCUGAAUUGUCUGCUGAGAGGGUUUUGAAGGGGCCUCCUCCACCACCUUACCCUCCUCUGCUUUCCUCUCUGGUCCCAUGUAGUGCUGCACCAGGCUGGGCACGUUGGGGAAUGACGACAGGCUGGGCCGGGCCGGGGAGCUGGAGUCAAGCAAAAACUGUGCGCCGUUGUACUGGAUCCGUAUACUGGUGGGGCCACGUGCAGUCCUGACCGAGAGGGUCAGCAUGUACAGAGGGUGGCUGCUGUCUCGUACCAAAAAAGCUCCUUCAGAUGCCUCUUGAAGUGCAGCAUGGGCCUGAGCUGCAGUUACAGCUCCCCAGUACCAUUCUAAACACACAGAUUCCUAAAUAUUAGUCACUCUGAACAGUCUAAACAGUCUUUUUUACGGUCCUGUACGUUGCUUGAUUUUACAGUUAACAGUCCGAAAUUAAGUCAUUUUAAAAAAUCUCUUAGAACAAAAGAUAAAAUGUGCCAAACUGCCAAAAAAAACUCUUAUUUGUGGCUGUAAAUGUGAAACAGUUUUAAUGCUAUACCUGAAUUUUCCAGAUAGCAGAAGUUGCUGGCAAUCGCCCGCAGGUCCUUCGUAGGGUCCCAUAGCGGAGGGGUGCUUUGAAGGCAAGGAGUAGGAGGUACAGUUCCUGCCCGCAUGCCCCGUGGGGCUUCAGUGGAUGGAGCUGCGGGCAGAGGAGCUCUGGCACUGGAAAUAAGAUGGAAAAUAUGUUAAAACACACACACAACAAAACAGUUACAGUAGGCAUUCCUCUUCCAUAUCAGUUUUUCUCAAUCGAUCUGGCACAUUUACUGAAACAAAUUUACAAUUGUCAAAACUCUAAGUACAAUCCUCACACCAUGUGGUACAUUCAGCACACCACUAUGUGACUUGCAAAAGGUGAUUACUCAAUCAAAAGAAUUAACUUGUUUCAAUUAAUCCAUCAAUGAAUACACCAUUGCCAUCCAAACAAAAGCUUCAUUUAUCAUUGCUUUGACCAAGACAGUCAAAAUGAAAAGACAUCUUGUCAAUUAACAGUGGAUUCUCAAAGUGUGAUAGAAAUUACCCACUAUGUAAUAUUGCCCAGUUGCUAACAUUAUAUAUAUAUUAUACGUAUAUUGAGGCAGCUGAAUAGUAUUGAUGUCAGCCAUGGCACGUUAUACUUUCAACAAAACAUGUAUUUCUCAUUUUAUGUACACACCAGCCAACUGCAAAUAUAUAAAGAACGCUCUUGCCCCGGUC